AAAUAUUUUAGUUUAUAGAAACAGUAAUAAAAUAAUAAUCAGAAAUAAAUUUGUAGGUACGACAGGAUCAUAUCAAACACUCAAAGAGAACAACAUGUCAGUCUAUACAGAAUAUGUGACUUUAUGCAACCAGGCGGAUAUACAGGAAAAUGAGAUGAAGGUGUUCGAUUUCAAUGAAGACACAAAAGUAUUAUUAAUAAAACAAAAUGGUGAACUUUCGGCAGUUGGUAAUAAAUGUUCGCAUUACGGAGCACCAUUGCAUACUGGCGUAUUGGGCCAAGGACAUGUACGUUGCCCUUGGCAUGGUGCUUGUUUUAAUAUAAAAACGGGAGAUAUUGAAGAUUUUCCCGGCUUGGAUUCGUUACCUUGCUUUAACGUUCAAGUGGAGACAACUGGGGAAGUAAAAGUUAGAGCUAAAAAGGUGGACCUAACAGAAAGCAAACGGCUUAAAAAUAUGGCUUCGUAUUGUCCUGAAACUAAUUUAACUUAUGUUGUUGUUGGCGGUGGCCCGGCUGGUGCUGUUUGUGCAGAAACAUUACGUCAGGAAGGCUUCACUGGUCGUGUAAUUAUGAUUUGCCGGGAGAACGCUUUACCAUAUGAUCGCAUUAAAGUUUCUAAAUCAAUGAAUAUUGAACUCGGAAAAAUUGAGUAUCGUAAUUCAUCGUUUUACAAUGAACAUAGCAUAGAAACCAUGGUCGGCGUUGAGGCUACUAAAUUGGAUAUUGAAUGUAAGACCGUUUUAUGUUCCAAUGGAAAAUUAAUACAAUACGAUAAAAUAUUUAUCGCAACUGGCUGUUGCCCAAUAAAACCACCAAUCAAAGGUGCCGAUUUAAAUAAUGUAGUAACUGUUCGAGAUCAUUCGGAUGCCGAUUUUAUAAAUAAUUUUGUUGAUGCUGAAAAAAAUGUCGUGUGUCUUGGUAGCAGCUUUAUUGCAUUGGAAAGUGCAGCAUAUCUUGCUAAAAAAGUGAAAAGCGUUACUGUCAUUGCUCGCGAUGAGGUGCCACUAUUGGCUAGUUUUGGUAAAGAAAUCGGUCAGCGAAUACUUGAUCUUUUCACUGAAAAUGGUGUGAAAAUAAUAACGAACAGCGGAAUAACUGAAAUCUUCGGUAGCGAUGAUAAUAAAGUGAAGGAAGUGAUCUUAAAAGAUGGAUCGAAAUUACCAUGUGACCUUCUUAUUAUGGGUACUGGCUCAAAGUUUUACACAGAUUUUCUUAAAGAGUCUGGUGUUGAACUUAACGCCAACGGGACAAUAAAUACGGAUAUGUAUCUAAUGACUAAUGUUCCAUCUGUGUUCGCAGGUGGAGAUAUUGCUAACGCACCCGUUUUUUCAAAUGGAAACCAAAGAACCCACAUCGGUCACAUACAACUUGCACAGUAUCACGGACGUAUUGCUGCCAUUAACAUGGUCGGCCAAACCCAAAUAAAGCUUAAGAGCAUUCCAUUUUUUUUCACCAUGAUAUUUGGAAAAGGCCUUCGUUAUGCUGGAUAUGGAAAAUAUUCGGAUGUGCUUAUCGAAGGUGACUUGCCAAAUUUUAAAUUUGUUGCAUAUUACUUGAAUUCGAAUAAUAAAGUCAUAGCGGUUGCUUCUUGUGGACGUGAUCCAAUUGUUGCACAAUUUGCCGAAUUGCAAGCUCAGGAUAAAUGCUUACAUCGAUCUGAUAUUGAAGGAAAGGAAGACCCGACUGCAUGGACCAAAAAUAUGAAUGCAGAUGCGCCAUGCAAGUUACCCGCCAUGAAUUAUUGAACUCUAAUAUGAAAUUGUUAUUUUAUUUAUAUUCAAACUUGUUAAUUUAUUUUGUAUUAUUAAAUUUUAAGUAUUUGUACAGUGAA